AUGGAGAUUCUCAUGAUAAAUAAUAAUAUUAUUAAAGAUGAGGAUAAUAUGCACAAUGAACAUAUGACUGAUGAUGAAAUCACAACACUUUUAAUUGAUGUCAUUUCUGCAGUAAAAGAACGCUUAUUAAAAGAGUUGGUUCUGACAUUUGGAUCUGACCCCAAUUAUAAAAUUGAGUCAGAAGAGUUGAAUAAACUCAAAUAUUGUGAAGCCGUUAUUAAAGAAG